CUAUAACAUUGUGAAGGUUAUGUUGAUAUUUUCGUGUGUAUGUCAAACCGCGUAAAAAAAAUUCUUUUAUCGUAACUUAUAUUAUUAAAAAAAAAAGAAAAAAGAAAAAUAACAAUUAGAUAUAACGAUUAAUUGUGUGUGAUAUAUCUUUUUUUUUUUUUGAAAUAAAAUAUAUUAAUUAUAAAUAUGGUUAAAUGUAUGCUUUGUCGACGAGUUUAUAAUAAAGCAUUUGACAUUUCAUUUCACAGAUUUCCAUCAGAUCAAGCAACAAGAAAAAUUUGGUGUAAAAUAAUGAAUCAUGGAUUAAUUGCACCAACGGAUAGAAUAUGCUCACAACAUUUUACAGACGAUUGUUUUCAAGUUCACAAAGAAUUAGGACAAAGAAUAUUAAAACCAUAUUCAGUGCCUACACUUGCAAUGACAAAAAUACAAGAGCCAACAAAAGUCACUUGUUCAAUAGAAACGGUGCUAACGGACCAUAACUAUGUGGCAAGACUGGAAGAUAAUGAAACAAUUAAAUCUGCCGAACCCGCAAAACUAUUAAUUAAAUAUCCCUACGUAUUAAAUACGCCGCCUUGUAAUAUUACUCCAAAUAUAAUAAUGCCAGAUGUAAAAUUUAACAUGCCUGUAACAUAUCAACCAUUAGUGCCAAAUAUUUCACAACCGUUUAGUGGUAAAAUGUUGUAUGCUUUAAAAAUUAAUCAACCAGUUAAUAGGAUUAAUUCAAUUACACCAACUGUGAUUCCUAAGAUUGUAAAAAAUUCAAUUAUAUCCACAAAAGAGGAGGCAAAAAGAAAAGCUUUAUUGUUGAAAAAGAAAAAAGAAGAAUUGAAAAUACAUGAAACAACAGUGAAGAAACUUCAGUCGGCAUCAAAAAAAGUUAAAGAUCAAAGGCAAACGAUAAAAAUGUUGAGGCAAAAAUUAAGACGAUUAGAGAGGAGGUUUGAAUUACAGAAAACGUUAAUAAAACAUCUUAAUUCAAAAUUAGAAGUACCAAAGGAAAGCAGGCAAAUUACAUUAAUUGCUGCUGGUCAUUUUGAAUAAAAAAAAGAAGAAGAAGAAAUAAUAUUGUAGUUGAUUAGUUAUUUUAUUUUUUCUAAAAAAAAAAUCUUUAUUGUACUUUUUUAUAUUAAAAUAAAAAGUUAAGUUUUCUAAAAAAA